AUGGGUUGUUGCGAAAGUUUACCUACAGUUGCAUCCCUAACCAAAUUCAGACGACGAACGACGUCACUCACACAUGCUGACAUAACACAACUUCAAAUCAUAUUUGCCGGUAUACCCGAACAUAGUCGGCAAGUCAUUCUUAAUCUUCCGGCACGUCAAUUAUUAAACCUCUAUCAAUAUCACAUGAUGGCUCUAUAUCAUGGUCUGCAAAAAGAAUGGCAACUCGCUAUCUAUUGUGAACAACGAGUUAUUAAAGGCCUCCAAGCGUUAUUGCCUACAGACAAAGAUCACUAUAUCUUCUUUAAUUUCUAUAGCGUCUUAUCUGCUUCAUUCUUGGCACUUGGUGCACUUCAGAAAGCGAUCGAAGUACUUCAUAUUGCUUUAGCUAUACUAUUAAAACACACACCUACGGAUUACAAGACAAUAAGCGUCCAUUAUUACCAUUUAGCUAAUGCGUACAAAGCUCUACAUAAUUCGAGAGCGUCAGCACAGUAUUUAACCAAAGCGGUUGAAGCAGCACGAUUAAGGAGUGAUUCGUCUCGAACAUAUGCUGCUGUUCUCGAAACUGAUCUUUGA